UUAGAAAUUCUAUCAGUCAGUAGUAGAUCUAGUCCAGUGACACGUUUUAUAUAACUCUCUGCACAGGCUUGAACAGGUCUUGAGCAGGUAAAUAUUGAACUUCAUAUAAGAACUGGAUACUUCGGCUUUUUACCUUUGUACCUAGCAGAAAGAAGCAUACAACACGCCACUCCUGCUGGCCAAGACUGCUAACAAAGAAGGAGGACAAGGGAGACAGAGGCAAUGUCUUCUGAAAUAACCCCAGAGAAAAAUCAAGCAGCCCCACUAAAGCAAGUUGGAUGGCCAAUGUUUUAUUGUCCCAUCUCACAAACUCAUGAUAAUGCAGAAAUUGCGAGAAUCCGUGAAGAAUGCAGAAGGGAAAGUUUCUGGUACAGAGCUCUUCCUUUGUCUCUUGGGAGCAUGCUUGUCACCCAGAGCCUAGUCUCGAAAGGCAUUUUCUCAGCAAACCCAAGGCUUGGGUCGUUACCUAAGAUGACAAUUGCCGGCAUCUUAGGUUUUGCCAUUGGAAAGAUGUCAUACAUAGGAGAAUGCCAGAAAAAGUUCCAGAAAAUUGGUAUUGCACCRUGUGGCCCAUCACAGAAAAGGCACUGUCAUCAUACUUGCAAAGAAUGCGAAAAAAAAAAGGGAUCAAAGGAGGAAGAGGGUCCAGUGCCUUCAACAGCGUAGUCUCAGAUGUGGUGAAGAUGAUAAAAAUCCUAUGAACAAGCUUCUUCUUACAAGACGAUGUUUUAUUGAGAAGAAAUCAAGUCUUUGGUUUGGUGUAAAUCAGCUCUUCUGGAAUAGCUGCAUAAUGUUUUUUGAAAACACCAAUUUCUUGCAAUGCGCUUUCAUUUUUUUCCCUUUCUCCYCUUUCUUCACAACAAGUUUUUUUCUCAUUUCKGUGUAAUUUAGCUCUUACUGCUGAGAAAUUAAAUU